UUGUUUGAAGUAUUCAAUGGAAAAACAGCCAGCUGGAUUUACCAUUUUUCUUGAACAUUUUUUAUAAAAUUAUGCGCGGUGAUUUUGAGAAAUAAUCAUAAUAAAUCCAAUAGUAGCGAAAGACGUGGCAAUAGCGCAUUGUCGCACGCGAUCGGCCUGAACACGACUUGACACGACUUGACACGACGACAUCGCUAUUAGCAGUUAGCAGUAAACAGAGUCGGUUUUAGGUGCGUAGGCUAGAUAUUUAUGCUUUUUCAGUGUAUUUUGAGAAACUUAGAUUGUUUUUUAUUGUGUUAAUUUUUGUGUUCUGGAUUGUGUGAAAACUUGUUAAAAACUGUUUUAUAAACAUUUGUGUAAACUUUAUUAUAGUGAUUGUUGAUUUUUGAAUAAUCAGCGCUGUGCAUAAGUCAAAAUGGGUCGUGUUAGGGAAGAUGAAAAAAACAAAAGGAAUAAACGGUUAUGUAUGUCCACAAUUAGAAAAAGUCAACGAAUGAAAAUGAAAAAAAUUAGAUCUCGAUCUGGAAAAUCAGCAGAUGCAUUAUCCUUCCCUGACACUGAGCUUAUGACGCCAGAAGUCAAUUUCAUUGAUAUACCUGAAAGAAAUACCUCGCCAAUGGAACACGACGAUAUUGAAAUCGAAAACUGUUCCAUCAACGGAGAAAAUUCUCAACAGGAAAAUGAAGUUCAAGGAAGGCGCAUAAUUAAUAUUGCACACCUGUUUAAACAAAUAUUGAAUGGGGAAAAACAUGAACCAUUUGACUGCUCACUAAUUAAUAUGAAGUUGGUUAGCGAAAAAAGAAACGGCCUUUUCAGUAAAUUUUAUUUAAGAUGCGAAAUGUGCCACUGCGUUAAAACUCUAACAUCAGAUAAUGAAUCUGACAAUAAAGUAAAUGUCAAUUCUUCUUUGGUUUUGGGUUCAAUAUCUACUGGCAUUGGUUACUCCCAAGUAAAUGAACUAGCUUCCACCAUAAAUAUGCCACUUAUGACAAUGAAUACUUUUAAUAAGUAUCACGAGCAAGUGGCCGAUUUCAUUAGAUCAUCAGCCUGGCAAACGAUGGAAGAAACUGCAGCAGAGGAAGCAAAAUUGUCAAGAGAGACUGGCGACAUUGACGAAAAUGGAGUACCGUGUAUAACUGUUGUUACAGACGGGGCAUGGGGAAAACGAUCGUACAACGUAAAUUACGAUAGCAUGUCUGGAGUAGCUUGUAUUAUUGGAUACAAGACAGGAAAAAUUUUAUUUCUUGGAGUAAGAAAUAAAUAUUGUUCCCUUUGCUCAUGGCAUGAGAAUAAAAAAAAGGAAAUCCCUGAGCAUAAGUGCUUUAAAAAUUGGGAGGGUACUUCUACGGCGAUGGAAACAGAUAUUAUAGCAGAAGGCUUUAAAAGCAGUGUCAACCAAUAUGGCCUUAAAUAUACAAAAAUGGUGGGAGAUGGAGAUUCUUCUGUUUACAGAAAACUUUUAGAGAUUAAACCAUACGGGAAUUCUUUGGUGCAGAAAGUGGAAUGCAAAAAUCACCUUCUCCGAAACUUUGCGAAAAAAGUUAGAGAAAUUUGCAACAGGAAAAGAAGCAAUUCUAAAAAUCUACCAGUUCCCAUGACGCUCAGAAAAAAUGUCCUUUCUAAGUUUAUGCGCAUUAGAAGUGCUAUUACUAAAGCAGCGGAAUUUAGAAUUAAAGAAGCUACAACUUUGCAAAGAAAGGUUGAAUUGCUAAGAGGAGACAUCAAAAAUGCACCCAGUCAUGUAUUUGGGGAACAUAAAGAAUGUAAAGCAAUUGACUACUUCAAAUGUGAAGGCUUAGGUGAAGAUUUGGUACCUACCAUGAAACAGUGUGGCAUUUACGAAGAUAUAAUGACUGCAUUGCAAAGAGUAAUUGACAAUUCUACUAGCCUCAUAAUGAAUAUGGACAACAAUUUGGCCGAACACUACAACAGUGUUGUCUGCAAAUUCAUUGGCGGCAAAAGAGUUAAUUACUCUUUGAAAGGUUCUUACCAGAGCAGGUGUGAAGCGGCAGCGCUUUCCUUUAAUUCGGGCGGGGAAUAUCAUCGCAUAAUUAAUAAGGCCAUUUUUGGAAUUAGUCCAGAGAGCUUCCAUAAAAAGUACUACCAAAGAAAAAUUAAGGAAAAGGCGAAAAACAAAGCAAAGAAAGUUUUGUUUUCAAAAAGGGUCAAAAAAAAUCACAAGGAGCACCUUCCUGAUAAGGAUUACGGUCCAAACGCUUAUUAUGUGCCAUUGGACCUAAACAGUCAGGAGUAUGAAGACAAUGCAGAAGAUUUUCUAAACAAAUUAAAAAAAACAACAGAAGAAAUCAGCAGGAUAGAGAGAAACACUCUUGGACAAAAAGCUAAUCCCGAAUGGUUGCAAGAAAGAUCUCUUAGGAUAACGGCGUCAAAUUUUGGCCAAAUCUGUAAAAUGCGACCCACAACUUCGCCAGUAAAUGCCGUGAAGCACUUACUUUACGGAAACUUCUUCGGAAAUAAAGCAACUCGUUAUGGCAACGAAAAUGAACCAAAGGCCAUUGCUGACUUCGAAAACCUAUUCAAUUUGAAAGUUACUCAGAGUGGUUUUCAUAUUGGUGCAAAAGACUAUUUUUUGGGCGCAAGUCCCGAUGGCCUAGUGGGCGAUGACGCACUCUUAGAGAUUAAGUGUCCUUUCUCUAUUUCGGAUCAAAGUCCAUCUGAUGGAAUCAUUUCGGGAAAAAUUACAUUCGCCGAACUGGUCAACGGCAAGCUAUCCUUGAAACGAAACCAUAAUUAUUUUUAUCAAGUUCAAGGGCAGUUAGCUCUAACAAACAGAAAAAUAUGUUAUUUUUUAGUCUGGAGUCCUCAUGGCAUGCUUGUAGAGAAGAUUACACGAGAUGAUUUAUUUUGGCGUGAAAAAAUGUUGCCAAAAUUAAAAACAUUUUACAACAACUGUUUGUUGCCUGAACUGGUAGAUCCCCUACAUCCGAAAGGACUACCCAUACGAAACAAAGUUGUUGCUCCUCAAUUAAUUUAAAACUGGAAUGUGCAAAUCCUUUCUAAUAUUUAAAUAUUAUUAAAUUACCUGAAAUACCUAAAUAAAAUAUUUCUAAAACAUCCACCUGACAUCCGUAAUACGUUAUUAGAAGUAAAAGAUUUAAAAAAAAAACAAGCUU